UGAACAGUGGCCAUUCCCUCCAUCAACAGCCGAGGCCAGCGCAACCUCCCCACCAUGACACUGCCCGUUGCACAGACGCGGAUUCCCACGCCAGUGGCACGUCUUGGGAUCCGGUGCCGACGACAACGGACAGCAGAUCCGCGAGUCGCCCUUGUCCCCGCCGUCGGGACACUUGAACGUGUCCAUCUCGAUAUACCCCGUCCCGCAGGGCUUCCCGCACUCGGUCGUCAUGCAGUCGCCCGGGUGCUGGCUCUCCCAGUAGCUCACGUCGUCGGUCAGGCUGUCGCUCAUGACGAGAUCCUGCGGGUAGAGGACGCCGCGCAGGGCAUCGCGGUUGCGGUCGUCUUGGUCGAUUGCCCAGAUCAGUAACCCGCCGAGCCCGCGCUCGUUGGCGAACCGGAUCUUCUGCUGGAAGGUUUGUUGAUCGUCGUAGGAGAUCCACUGGUCCCCGUCCGCGACGAUGUACUUGAUUGCGUUUUCCUUGUCGUAGACGGGGGUCAGCUCGUCUUGGUGGAUGAUGUCGACGAUCUCGCUGUACGCCAGGAUCCCCGAGGCGUCUGUGCACGCGCCCUUUUUCCCGCCGGUUUCGAACCUGCAGCCUGGGAUUGCGCAGUCUUUAUCCUUGAGCUCAAACGUCCGCGAGUAAAACGCAAGACCCAGGUUCACCUUGUUCGCGGGGACGUCAUUCCGCCAAAGCAGAUUCAGUGCCUGAUCAAUCUCCGUCAAGUUCGUAUGCCCUAGCACCUGCUUCCCGAUUGUACUGUUCGCAUCCCAAAUUCCGUGCAAAUCAUAGCUCAUCAGGUUCAUGUAAUGCGCCGCACCGACCAUUCCCUUGAUAUCGAACCACCGCAGAUACCAAUACGAGGUCGGCGCCGUAAACGACAGCUCAUAGUCCAGCCCCUCGUCGUCAAACGCUUCUCGGAUCUGCUCCAUGAGCUUUACCCAGUUCUUCCCGUCAUUCUUCCCGCCCUCCCAGUCCGGCGGCUGGCGGUCCGGUGCACCGGGGUACUCCCAGUCAAUGUCGACGGCGUCGAAGCCGUAGUGGCGCAUAAAGGAGAGCAGAUUCUUGAUGAAUUUCGCGCGUUUUUCCUUUGUGGAGCUGAGGUCUGCGAAGACGCCCUGUGUGUCGGUGUGGUUGUCGUUGAAGGUCCAGCCGCCCAGGGAGACGCCGAGGAUCACGUUGGGGUUGCGUUCUUUCAGGGCUGUGAAUUCCGAGAGGGUCUUCUCGGGGACGUCGGGCAUGGGGCCGAUUUCGUAGUCAUUGGGGGAUAUGUAUGCAAAGGCAUCUGGACGGGGGUUAGUUGGUCCGUGUUGGCAAGAGAUAUCAACCCGCAAAGGGAAAAAAGGAGGAGGACAAACAAUUAACAUGCGUCAGACUCUCCACGGGAAUCUGCCGGAUAUUCAUCCCCAUACACUUCUUCUCCGCAUUCCACGCCUCGUAAUACCCGAUGAUCCGCUCCUGGACAUUCCCACUCGACGCCCCGGACCCCGGCUGCUCGCACCCACUCUGGCAGCCCGCGCCGCAAAACUCCUCUGUCGUCCCGCAGAACCCAAACUCACUGCAGCAGACGUUCAAUGGACAUUUCGUGCCGGGAUCCUUGGCGUCCUUGCCGCACUCGGCGUGCGCGUCGCAGUUGCUCCAGCAGUCGUCGUUGGGCGACUCGCCAGUCGUCCCGCAGUAUUUGGCGCCGAAGCCGCAGUACCCGGAUUUUCCGCAGCAGGCCCCGUUGCUGCAGGGGUUGUCCUCGUCGCAGGCGUACUCGUCGCGCUUGAGGAGGGUGGUGGGGUUGGCUGUGAUGCCUAGGGUUCUGGGGUUAUCGAGGUCGAGGUCGAGGUCGAGGUCGGUGUCGAUGGUUGAGUCCCAUGCUCCCAGUGUAGCUGAGAGGAAGAGGAAGAAAAGAACGAAAAGACCCGGUAAUUGAGCCAUGAUGAGCGUGGAAAGGGGACAAAAUAAAAUGAGAGGAAUGACCAAAUGACUGUGUUGCCAUUGACCCGAAUAGAGGGAUAUGAAGCGCUACAUAUAACCCUCACUACGCUUCUACGACAACGGAGUAAAUGUCCCCCGAGUCUUCUCUACUAGGUGCGGUGCCCCUCUAUCCCAUCCCAAAACAGAACAAUGCAGCGCUCCGCCGCACGAGAGCCCUAGCUGAUACAUGCACAAACACCUCAUCAGCCCACCCGCCCUGCAAUUACACGACCGUGGAGGUACCUCGGAGGGCCAAAAGAUACUCGGCUGCCAAUCGUGGCUAUGGCUGUAGCAUGUUUGAUGAUGUCUCGGGGUCCUAUGCUAUCCCUGCGCUAGUCGCUGCACCGGUCCUGCAGAAAUCGAUAAACUGGCGCCGUCGUAGCCCUGAUGGACAGAUAGAUUACAUGAUCGACAGCCGCAGACCCACACUCGUGCAUCGGGGCGAUGAAACGCGCGAGGCUGAAUGUUGCCAAGGACGGGCCGUCGGGGCGCAGCGGCGAGGCACCAACAGAAGGACAGGCUAAGCGCGAGCUAAGAUUCGAUAAGAGCGUUGGCGCUGUUGGUUUCGGCCCCCAGGUUCUGAGGCCCCGUUCUGUGCAGAGUGUAGUAUCGUCGGAAUUGCCUCGGCAGGGGUUCGAAACGCUGGUGUGUCUCAGCCCGUGGGGGACAUUUUUCCCGAGCUGCGGAAAAGGAGGAGGGGGACUACAGAUCUGGGUAGGCUAUGCAAGUAUAUCGCUUUAUAUAACGCUUUCGCGCGGGUGGUGGCUACCAUACCGGCAUAUCAUCGCCGCACAAGAUUCCGCUUCAUUGUGGCUCGUCAUGGCUUCCUCGCGGGUAGCCGUCUGGCAAGUUACUCUGCUUUGUUUAUCAUCGCUCGUCGCCUCGUGGCAGGCCUUUCCAGGCGACACCGUCGAUGCAUACGACGACAAGUGCGCCGACGCCCUGGCCACCAACCUCACUGCGUGUAUCCCCGCAGUCCGCGGCCUCAGCUCGAACAACUUCUACUCCGAGCACGGCCUCGACCUGAUCUGUACCUCCGAGUGCAGAGACGAGCUCAAGGCGUACGAAAAGACGGUGACUGAGGGUUGCCCUGAAGUUACAUACACAAACGAGUGGGGCACUGAGCUUCCAAUCUCAGAGAUUGCCAGCACGCUUGCCUUUGAGUUCCAGCAGACAUGUCUCCAGAAUGAGGGGCAGUACUGCAAUAUCGUGCUUGGGAAUAUCACGCAGCAUGGCGGCGACGAGUGCAACAAGUGUUUGCUGUUGAAGCUGCGAUCAGAGGCGCAGUAUCCCUAUGGGAGUGGCCCCGAUGUCUACUCGAGUGUUUAUCCCAGCUUUACUUCCUCGUGUGGGCUCACGGGGUACCCGGUGACUGUUACGCCGACGCCUGUGCCUUCGUCUACACCAUCCUCCUCCUCCUCCGCGAUCCCAACUGCCACGAGCACCUCCUGCGCAGGAACCACAUACAAAAUCCAACCCAACGACACCUGCAGCUCCAUCUCCCUGGGCCAAAACAUCGCCACCUUCCAACUCCUCCUCGACAACCACCUACAAGCCUACUGCGCCAACUUCCCCUCAACGGGAACGCUGUGCAUCAAAAACACCUGCACCGUCUACACCGUCGAGCCUGGGGACACCUGCAAGAGCGUUGCCAGAGCCCAUGGUAUCUCCCCGGUCCAGCUCCGCUCCUAUAACCCCUGGAUCGACGGCGGGUGCUACAACUUUAACCGCACGGUCGGCACGCAGAUUUGUCUCGACGAGCCGGGCGACAAGUAUCAUCCGCCCUCGACGGCAAUCGGGUCGCCGACGAGUCCGGCCACGGCGACGGCGGCAGUCCCUGUUCCGACGAAUGUCGCGGAUAACACGACGAGGAGUUGCGGCGAGUUUUAUACCGUUGUCGCGGGGGAUAAUUGUACCAGUGUUGCGGAGCGGUUUGGUAUCCCGAGGACGGACUUUUUGAUUCUGAAUCCGGGGUUGAAUGAGCAGUGCACAAACCUCCUCCUCGGGAUCAGCUACUGCGUCCUCCCCGUCGGCGACAUGAGCAAUUACCCCGGCGGCCCAGGGUACAUCCCAACGAUCUCGCAGAUCCCCUGGACGGACCUGCCCGACGCGACAUACACGCCCAUCUUCAACCCGGACGUCUCAAAAAUUGCACCAGGGACGACAACUGACUGUGCGAGCUACGUCGAGGGCAAAGAUCUGCAGUUUGGGUUCCCCGGCGUGAGCGACUGCGAGGUCGUGCAGUCGUUCUUUGAGGUCUCGGCGGCAGAUCUACUCAAGUGGAAUCCGUCGCUCAAGGCGCUGAAUGGGAACUCCACGAGUUGUGGGUUCAGUGAGGACUUUCGGUAUUGCUUGGCUGGGGGCACUGGGUCAGGGUCAGGGACUGGGAGUGCAACUGCCUCUCCUACUUCGACGCCAGACCCGACUUCGGCUUCAAUCCCCACCAGUACGAGCAGUUCGACCUCUGCUUCGUCCACCGAGACGACAACAGCCGAGCCAACCAAGACUCCAACUCCAACUCCAACUCCAACCUCCACUGACGCAACAUCCACAAAUCCAACAAGCACAACCACAGACCCAUCGUCAAUUCCCUCCCCAACUCAAUCAGACAGCAUCCCAUCCAACUGCACCUCGUACGCCAAAGCCGUCCAGGGCGACAACUGCGUUGACUUUGCCAAGGCCCAUGGCAUUACGCCGGACCAGCUGUACGAGUGGAAUGCGGUCCUUGGCAAGGGCGGCGAGGAGUGUGGGAUGAUGUUCCAGGCCGAGACGUAUUAUUGUGUUGGGGUUGCUGGGUAAAAUAUGUCCGUUUUGCGGGGAUGUAGUGUGUGUGGGUGGAGGUGUCUGUCUGUAUCCUGGGUGAUUUGUCGCUGCUGUAUGGAAAUCAAUUUUUUUUGCUUCUGAAUAAUUGUUCGUCGUGUGGGUCCAUGACAGGAUUUUCUAGGCGGUAUUUAAAGAAGAUAGACGAGCAUCUGCUGAUAUCGAGAAUACGCCGAGGUUCUAGAUUUGAGUCCUGCCACUAGGAUAGGGCACCGUAUAGAUACGCCCUCCCGUGGUGGAUUUGCCGGUCAUGGUUUUCUGUGAAAUAACUGCAUCGCUGGGAUCCAGAUGCUCGAGUGAGAAUGUAUUGGACGGAGAAACAAACUUCCUGUGCUCUCCCACUGCUAAGCAGGGCCCUGCCACAGAGUAUGAUCCUACGGCUUGAUAUAUUAGGUUCAUAUCCAUCUUCCCUCAUUGAUACGCUG